AUGACCGCUAAGCACGAUUCCGAGGCCACUGUGGCCGUGAACAUCGAGGAGCUCCGCAACUCCAAGGAUGCUGUCAUCAUGCGCCUCAUGGCUCUGCAAUCCUACAUUGCCGACCUGAGCAAGGCCUACGUGGAGCACGUCAACAAUGUCAUCAACGGUGACUCUGCCACCAUUGACAUUCCCGCCAUGCCCACUGGUCUGGCUUUCCACGCCGAGUCCACCCGCGCUGCUAGCCCCGGUCUCAAGUCCGAGGCUGGCGGUCUGAAGAAGCGCAAGCGUGCGCCGGUGGACCCCAACGCGCCCAAGCGUGCCCUGACUCCCUACUUCCUGUACAUGCAGCAGAACCGCACCAAGAUCGCCGAGGAUCUGGGUGGUAGUGCUAAGCCCAAGGAUGUUGCCGACGAGGGUACUCGUCGCUGGCAGACCAUGGAUCCCAAGGAGAAGGAUGUCUACAAGGCGCAGUACCUCGAGAACUACGAGGCCUACAAGCGCGACAUGGCCGCCUACAAGGCUGGUCGUAAGGCAGGCGAUGACGAUGCUGCCAAUGAUCAGCUCCAGCAGGGCAUUGCCGGUGUCGAGCACGAAGAGGCCGAGUCUUCUGAUGACGAGACCUCCGAGUCCGAGGAAGAGGUCGAGGAGGAAUCUCCUUCCCCGCCUCAGCCCGUGAAGCAGAAGACCCCUCCUAAGAGCGCCGCUAAGCGCCGUCGUAGCGACGUCAAGGCCGUGAAGGAGGUUGUCGAGUCUCCCGUUAAGCCCGCCUCGCCCGUCAAGAAGGGUCGCAAGGCCGCCGAAGCUGCCUCGGCCAAGUCUACCCCGGCAGAGACCAAGCGCAAGACCAAGAAGCGCAAGAGCGAGGUUUAA